CGGCGGUCCGGGCCGCGGGGCUCGGGCCUAUUGGGGUGGGCGGGGCGGAGUCGGGUCGCUGGUUGUCCCGGGGUCCUCCUCGCACGCCACGGGGCCCGGAGGGCUUAGCGGGGCGGCCUCGGGCCCGGCAGUAGCGGCGCAGCCUGGCGCCGAACGGAGGGGCCUGCGGAGGGCCCCGGGACGCGUCCGUGGGCGCCGGGGGGCGUCGACGGAGCGCCCGGGAGCGCUGGGGUCGGUCCCGGCACCUGGCCUGAGCCCGGGGGCUGCCCUGCCUCGUGCAGCCGGCCUGGGUCGCGGCUGCGGGGGCUGUGGAUGCUUCUUAGGGGCCGGCCGGAGGCUGGGGUCUGUUCAGAGGGUUUUGGGGCCAUCUUGGGAGCUUGAGCCGUGUCCCGGGGAUGGAGCAGGUCUGCAGAGCCGUCUAGAGCGCCCAGGGUAUGUCUCUCGGGGCUGGCAAGUGUCUACACCGGCUGGCCUGAGGAUGCGGCUGCAGGUGACCAUGGAGGAAGAGGAUGAGUCUCGAGGGAAGACGGAAGAGUCGGGCGAGGAUCGGGGCGAGGGUCCGCCAGACAGGGACCCCACGCUUUCUCCUUCUGCCUUUAUCCUGCGGGCCGUUCAGCAGGCUGUGGGGAGCUCCCUGCAGGGGGAUCUGCCCAGCGACAAAGAUGGCUCCCGCUGCCAUGGCCUUCGAUGGAGGCGCUGCCGGAGCCCACGGUCGGAGCCCCACCCCCAGGAGUCGGGGGGCACCGACACAGCUACUGUGCUGGACGUGGCCGCGGACAGCCUCCUCAUGGGGCUGGUGAGCGUCCUGGACCCCCCGGACACCUGGGUCCCCAGCGGCCUGGACCUGCGGCCCGGCGAAAGCGAGGACAUGCUGGAGCUGGUGGCCGAGGUCCGGAUUGGGGACAGGGACCCCGUCCCACUGCCCGUGCCCAGCCUGCUGCCCCGUCUCAGGGCCUGGAGGACGGGCAAAACGGUCUCUCCACAGUCUCACUCUUCCCGGCCCGCCUGUGCCCGCCACCUCCUCACCUUCGGCACAGGAGACGGGGGCCCCGCCCCGCCCCCCGCCCCCUCCUCUGCAUCCUCCUCACCCUCCCCUUCGCCCUCCUCCUCCUCCCCUUCUCCUCCUCCUCCACCGCCACCCCCGGCCCCCCCAGGCCCCCCGGCCCCCCGCUUCGACAUCUAUGACCCCUUCCACCCCACUGAUGAGGCCUACUCCCCACCACCGGCUCCGGAGCAGAAGUACGACCCCUUCGAGCCCACUGGUUCCAACCCCAGCUCAUCAGCGGGGACCCCCUCACCGGAGGAGGAGGAGGAGGAAGAGGAAGAGGAGGAGGAGGAAGAAGAGGAGGAGGAGGAGGAGGAAGGCCUGUCACAGAGUAUCAGUCGCAUCUCGGAGACCCUGGCGGGCAUCUACGAUGACAACAGCCUGAGCCAGGACUUCCCCGGGGACGAGAGUCCCGGCCCGGACCCGCAGCCCCCACAGCCGGCUCCAACCCCUGGAACACCGCCCCAGGCGGACUCCACGCGGGCCGAGGGCGCCACUCGCAGGCGCGUCUUCGUGGUGGGGACUGAGGCGGAGGCGUGUCGGGAAGGCAAGGUCUCCGUGGAGGUGGUGACUGCCGGGGGAGCCGUGCUGCCGCCGCCGCUGCUACCGCCUGCCGACUCGGAGAUUGAGGAGGGAGAGAUUGUGCAGCCGGAGGACGAGCCCAGGGUGGCGCUUACCCUCUUUCGGGCCAGCGGCCGAGCUGCCCGGGCAGCCCCCGCCUCCUCCGCCACCCCUGUGGCCGCGCCUCUGCCGCAGCCUCCUGCCCCGCGGGCGCCCGAGGGGGACGACUUCUUGUCGCUGCACGCGGAAUCGGACGGUGAAGGGGCGCUGCAGGUGGACCUAGGAGAGCCGGCCCCCGCACCGCCGGCCGCUGACUCCCGCUGGGGCGGCCUGGACCUGCGCCGCAAGAUCCUGACACAGCGCCGGGAGCGGUACCGCCAGCGCUCGCCCUCCCCGGCCAUGGCCACGGCCACCGCCGCCGCCUCCACGGGCCCGCCCACACGCAAGAAAUCCAGACGGGAGCGGAAGCGGAGCGGGGGCGAGACCAAGGAGGCCACCUCGUCGUCCUCAGGCGCCCCGCCCGCCCCGCCCGCCCCGGCUUCCCCCUGGGACUCCAAGAAGCACCGCUCCCGAGACCACAAGCCCAGCUCCCACGCCUCGUCCGCCCGCCGCCGCUCCCGCUCGCGCUCCACCCGCCGCCGCUCGCGCAGCACCGAGCGCCGCCGCGGGAGCAGCCGCAGGUCGCGGUCUCGGGAGAAGCGGCGGCGGCGGCGGCGCUCUGCCUCCCCGCCCCCGGCCACGUCCUCGUCCUCGUCCUCGCGGCGCGAGCGGCACCGCGGCAAGCACCGGGAUGGCGGCAGCAAGAAGAAGAAGAAGCGGUCGCGGUCCCGGAGCGAGAAGCGGCCCGGGGACGGGAGCGAGAAGGGCCCUGGCGCGGCGCAGCAGGCCUCGGGCUCCAGCUCGGCGGCGGGCGAGCGGGGCAGCCGCCGGCGCGGGGCCGUGCCGCCCUCCAUCCAGGACCUCACCGACCAUGACCUUUUCGCCAUCAAGCGGACCAUCACGGUGGGCCGGCUGGACAAGGCCGAGCCCCGAGGGCCUUCCCCGGCCCCCGCCUCCUCCCCCAAGCGCGAGGUCCUGUAUGACUCGGAGGGCCUGAGUGGCGACGAGCGGGCUGGCAAGAGCAGCGAGAAGGACCGGCGCCGCUCCGGGGCCAGCGCCUCGUCCUCCAGAGAGAAGGGGGCUCGCCGGAAGGCUCUGGACGGGGGGGACCGGGACCGGGACAGGUCGUCCAAGAAGACCAGGCCUCCCAAGGAGUCGGCCCCUUCCUCUGGGCCCCCGCCAAAGCCCCCGGCCAGCAGCAGCUCAGGCUCCUCGUCGUCGUCAUCGUCCUGCUCCUCGCGGAAGGUGAAGCUGCAGUCCAAGGUGGCGGUGCUGAUCCGGGAAGGCGUCAGCAGCACCACCCCGGCCAAGGAUGCCGCGUCUGCCGGCCUGGGCUCCAUCGGUGUCAAGUUCAGCCGCGACCGGGAGAGCCGCUCUCCCUUCCUGAAGCCCGACGAGCGGGCCCCCGCUGAGGUGGCCAAAGUCGCUCCGGGCAGCACCAAGCCCAAAAAGACCAAGGUCAAGGCCAAGGCUGGGGCCAAGAAAGCCAAGGGGACCAAGGGAAAGACCAAGCCAUCCAAGACCAGGAAGAAGGUCCGCAGUGGGGGCGGUGGCGGAGGCCCCGUGUCCCUGAAGAAGUCCAAGGCAGACAGCUGUAGCCAGGCCGCAGGAGCCAAGGGUGCCGAGGAGACCUCCUGGUCGGGGGAGGAGCGGGCGUCCAAGGCCCCCAGCACCCCACCCCCCAAGGCAGCGCCUCCACCCCCUGCCCUCACUCCAGAUUCUCAGACCGUGGACAGCAGCUGCAAGACCCCCGAGGUGUCCUUCCUGCCCGAGGAGGCCGCCGAGGAGGCUGGAGGCAGAGGCGGGGCGGAGGAGGAGGAGGAGGAGGAAGAGGAGGAGGAGGAGGAGGAAGAGGAGGAAGAGCAGCAGCCGGCCACCACCACGGCCACCAGCACCGCCGCGGCCGCCCCGAGCACGGCGCCCAGUGCAGGGUCCACGGCUGGUGACUCGGGGGCGGAGGAUGGGCCGGCCGCCCGCGUCUCCCAGCUGCCCACGCUGCCCCCGCCCCUGCCCUGGAACCUGCCGGCUGGUGUGGACUGCACCACCAGUGGCGUCCUGGCCUUGACUGCACUUCUCUUCAAGAUGGAGGAAGCCAACCUGGCCAGCCGAGCCAAGGCCCAGGAGCUGAUCCAGGCCACCAACCAGAUCCUCAGCCACCGGAAGCCACCCUCAACCCUGGGGGUGACCCCAGCACCUGUGCCCGCCUCUCUGGGUCUGCCCCCUGGCCCUUCCAGCUACCUGCUUCCUGGCGGCCUCCCACUGGGGGGCUGCGGUUCUACCCCCCCCACCCCCACUGGCCUGGCUGCUGCGUGUGAUAAGAGAGAGGGCAGCAGCAGCUCCGAGGGGCGUGGGGACACAGACAAGUAUCUGAAGAAGCUGCACACACAGGAGCGGGCGGUGGAGGAGGUGAAGCUGGCCAUCAAGCCGUACUACCAGAAGAAGGACAUCACCAAGGACGAGUACAAGGACAUCCUGAGGAAGGCCGUCCACAAGAUCUGUCACAGCAAGAGCGGGGAGAUCAACCCAGUGAAGGUGAGCAACCUGGUGCGGGCCUACGUCCAGCGCUACCGCUACUUCCGCAAACACGGCCGCAAGCCAGGGGACCCCCCAGGGCCCCCCCGGCCACCCAAGGAGCCGGGGCCCCCGGACAAGGGCGGUCCAGGCUUGCCCCUGCCCCCUCUCUGAGCCCUGCCCCCCAGCCCCAGCCUCUCGGAAAUUCUGGACAUAUUUAUGGCUCUGCCUCCCCGCUCCCCUCCCCCUCAGUGGGACGACGGGGGAAGGCCGCUGCGGAAGACGGGAGAGCCCCCUGCCCUGCCCCCAGCCUGGUGCCCGUGCCCCACCCCACGCCUGUCCCCACACCCUUGCCCCGUUUGUGCCCCGCCCUGAUUUCAUUAAAGAUUUCAUGAAAUGUCA